UAGUGAGGUCAUAGGGUAUAAGAAGUAGCCGAGUUUUUUAACCUUUUUGCAUUUCUUGUUUUUAUCCUUGUAUCAAAUUAUUGUUAUUGGCUUUAUUGUUAAUAGAAGCAGAUAGUUUUCGAUGGCGGCAAUACAGGCAUCGGGAAAUGCAGUCACUCCGAACAAGACAUGGGAGCUUAGCUUGUAUGAGUUGAACCGAACUCCUCAGGAAGCAAUAACCGAUGACACCGAAAUAGCAGUGUCACCGCGCAGCUUACACAGUGAGCUAAUGUGUCCAAUAUGUCUUGAUAUGCUCAAGAAUACAAUGACAACAAAAGAGUGUCUUCACCGAUUCUGCCAAGACUGCAUUAUAACUGCUUUACGGAGUGGUAACAAAGAGUGUCCAACAUGCAGAAAAAAAUUGGUCUCUAAGCGGUCUCUUCGCCCGGAUCCAAAUUUUGAUGAUCUGAUUUCAAAGAUUUAUCCAAGCCGAGAUGAGUACGAGGCCCAUCAAGAACGUGUGCUCUUAAGCUUAACAAAAAAUACGAAUCCUAACGCCCUUAGCAGUAGCAUAGAGGAAGGCAUGAAAUGGCAGGCAAUGAAUAGAGCUCAGCGAGUGAGGAAACAAAAUCCUGUCAACAACAUCCCUCUUGAUACCCUACAACCACCAGCAGUCGAUGGUGACCAGAUACAGCCCCCACAGAAGAGGUCUAGGACAUCAGAAGAAUCGGACAACGAUGCUUCAUGUGACUACCAAGCUGUUGCAGUUGUGCCGCCCUCUGGGCCGAUCUCCCGACAGUCCUCGCGGCCGCCCUCUGUUGAUCAGGAACGUCCUCGACCAGUGGAGGUGAUGUGUGAUUUGCAGAAUGUUGAAGACGAACCAGCUACUGAGGAUUAUGAUCAGGAUUAUCAAGAUGUACCAACAGAGACUGAACAAGAACCAGUACAAGAACCAGUGGAACCUGUUCAGGAAAUUGAAUUAGUUUUUAAACCUUACCAAUCCGAGGACAAGAAGGAGAAACGAGGGAACAGCCGGUACCUGAAGACCACUGGCAACGCCACCAUAGACCAUCUCGCCAGAUACCUGGCCAUUCGAAUGUCCAUUGAAAGCAAAGAAUCCAGUAAACGGGGAGAAGUCUCAUAUCAGAUAUAUGUAUCAACAGGAAAUGGACAAUUUACUAUGUUGAAUGGUAGUCAGUUGUUAGAGCAGGUCAAUGAACUCUACUGUAAAGCAAACAAACCUUUGGAAAUGUUCUUUGCAAGAAGAUGAAACUAUUUACUCAGAGUUUAAACUAUUGACUCAAAAUUUGAACUAUUGACUCGAAAUUUUAUCUAUUGACUUGGAAUUGAUGUUAUUGACUCUGCACUGGAUUUCGAUGGAAAUUAAAUGUACAUUUCAACAUUUCAACAUUUUUGUUGAGUUAUGUAACUCAUUUAGCUGUAAAUAAAUCUAAAAAUGUGGUUUUUGUUUUUUAUCUACUAGCAAUUAAGACAUUUAAAACAUUGGUUACAUUUAGAAUUUAAACUUGUAAUUUUGUAUAAACUUUGUGUAAGUCUUGCUGCUUUUAAUCAUGCCAUUGUAAUGAUAAAAAGCUCACCAUGGUUAUUCCAUUGUGGGCAAAAAUUAAUCUGCAAAAUGUAGAGUAUAUCAAUCAGUUUUGCUUUACUCACUCUAGACUGUCUUGGUCUACCUUAGGCCUGAAAGUUUGGCAUGAAACAUCAGUUUUGGUGGGUAAAGCUGGCCUCAUGGUCACUCUAAAACUCUUAAAAGUAGGGGUAUAAACAGGAGGGAUAGAAGUACAGUUGAAUGGUAUAAAAAGUCAGUUGAUGUCCGUAUUUGUAAUAAUCAGUUAUAAUAAAUGAUUCUCUCAAAACACAUACGUUUUGAACUAUAGGAAGGUGCUCAAAAAUUCCUAAAUAGAUUUUUUUUUAUUUAUGGGAAUUUGGUAAACAAAGGCUACAUGGAGAGGACAGAUAGCCACAUAGUCGUCAUGACUAGUGGCUAAUAGUUAACCUUCCCCUUAACUAAACUUAAUCUAUAGACAUGCAGCAAAUAAAGAAAAUAAUAAAAUGCAUACAAUACAGUGAAGGGUUUAAGAAGUUCAAUUAAUUUUUGAGAAUAAUAUGUAAUUAUUAUAGUUUAAAUAAUUUUAUCAAAUGUUAAUAACAAAAAUUAUAACAAUGUAAUGCUAAUGUUGAUGACAUCACUGGAGAUAUCACAGCUCCAUGCCUAACAAAACAUGUAUUUUCUGGUUUUUUAGCCAAAACCUGUAUUUUAUAGAAGUAGACCUGUUUUUCCAACAAUACGUUUGUAUUUAGCAUGUUCUCUUGCAAACACUUAAGAUUACAGAUCUAUAAAUGAGUCCAAUGUAAAUGAUUUUGAAAUGAUGAUAUUGAUCACUGGUGCUGAAUUAACUGUAUAUCUUCAAAAACAUGGUGAAUAGGUGUGGAAAUACUAUGGGAUUUUAUAUUAUAUGACGUAUUUAUAGGCCAACAUGCUACAUUAUUUUGUUAUAUUUAUUAUUAUCAAUUUAAUAAUUAUUUUAAGACAUAAAGCAGACUUAAAAUAGAUAAUUUGUUAGUAGUACAGCCACGCUGUAGCUUCUGUAUAUCAUUAUACACAUUUCUAAGGCACAUUGUUUUACAUUGUACUGUAAUAUUUCAAUAUUGUGUUGAUCCCAUGUGUUAGAAUAUAGCGUUACGUAAUUUCCAUUUUUAUACACCCAAUGAAACCCUUCCCUAAGCCUCAUGAAUGGAUGUGGCUAUUAAUGUUCCCAUUAUGACAAUCGUACUAGAAAGUGGCAUGGGACUUAUGUUAUCAAAUUUGGUGAGCAUAUGGUUUUGGAAUGUCUUGCCAAGGUUCUGUUACUUAAGGAGAUUUUGCAACAUUAAAUACGGAAGCGAUAACGAAUACGAAUACAUCGCCUUCAUUAUCGUCAUUCGUGACAAAACAUGUACGAGCUAAAUAUGAUCGUCGAUUCUUGUAAAAUGCAUGAAUGGCUUAUGUUGUGACAGAAAUGUUAAUUUAUGGAAUGAAUUGACCAAAUAUUUGAUGACGUAACCAUAUUUGUUAUUGUUUUUGUAAGCUUGCCAAACCUCCCUAAUAAUUCUUUAAUAAGCAUAUAGAAACCAUGUAUACUACAAGGAUAAUGAAAUACAGAGAUAUUAUGUCUGUGUGCUUCUCAUACUUAUGAAAUAAAAUAAAAAGCAGCACUCCGAUAAAACAGA